CCGGGCAUGGCGGCGGCGGAGCCCGGGAUGAAGCAGUUCAAUGGCGGCGGCGGCGCGCCGGACGCGGAGCGCGGCCGCUUCCCGCACUGCGUGGUGUGGACCCCGAUCCCCGUGCUGACGUGGCUGUUCCCCAUCAUUGGCCACAUGGGCAUCUGCACCUCGGCUGGCGUCAUCCGCGACUUCGCGGGGCCCUACUUCGUGUCUGAAGACAACAUGGCAUUUGGGAAGCCUGUGAAGUACUGGAAGCUGGAUCCCAGCAAGGUUUAUGCCACUGGUGCCAACGCGUGGGACACGGCCGUGCACGAUGCCUCCGAGGAGUACAAGCACCGCAUGCACAACCUCUGCUGUGACAACUGCCAUUCCCACGUGGCCCUGGCCUUAAACUUGAUGAGAUACGAUAACAGCACCUCCUGGAACAUGGUGAAACUGUGCUUCUUCACACUCCUCUAUGGGAAAUACGUCAGCAUAGGGGGGUUUGUGAAGACCUGGCUGCCCUUUGUGCUGUUCCUGGGGGUGAUUGUGACCGUGGUUCUCACCCUGCACCUGCGGUGAUGGCAGCCCUGACCCCCCAUCCCUGAGCACACAAAGGAAGAAACUGUGACUGAUCCAGCAGGAUGGAGGCCCGGGGCUCUGGGAGCCUUUUCCAGGGAAGGUGGCAGCCCCACUCCAUCGUGACAGCUCAUUUCGUCUCCUGGAGCUGGCUUCUUUUCCUCCUGUUUCUGUUCUCUCGAUGGUGUCUCCCCAUGUCAGGGGUCUGGAAGCUUCUGCCCUCUCUCUGCAGCUGGGGAGGUGGGAGUGGGACCAGGGAAAGAGAGGGGUGGGCACCUUUGCUUUCAGUGCCAAGAAAAGCCUCAGGGCAGGCUCUGCCUCCUGCAGAUCCACCUUGGGAGGGUCUCUCUGAUCCCCUGCUUUCCUCCUCCUCCUCACCCGAUGCUUCCUCAGUUCCUGGGUUUGCAGUUGGGAGUUGCUGUUUUCCCUGUGGCACACCUCUCCAGCAGCACACAUUCCAGAGGGGAGGUGUGGGGUGCCCAGCACUCAGGGAUGGCCCCAGCAGGGGCAGGAGGUGAGGUGGGACCCUGCUGAGGGAUGCUCCAUGGCGGGGCAGCUCCCCUGGCCCUGCUGGUGAGCCUGCACAGGCAGGGAGGCUGAAGGGCUGGCUGGGAGCAGCUCGUGGCAGGGUGCACCCCUCAGGAGCCUGCUGCAGCUUGGGGAGGCCGCCCUUGCUCCCUUUCAGCUUGUGCCAGAGAAAACAUCACUCCCCUGCUUCUCCUCGGGCUCUCUGUUGCUAAAUCUGGCGCUGCAGUCCUCACAAGCACUCGUUUCCCUUUGAUCCCCGAGCUCCCAGCAGGCAGCAGCUGGGGCAGGGAGCUGAGCCUGGGGCUGGGGGAGCUCUGUGGGAGCAGCGCCCGAGCCUGGAGCUGCAGAGGGGCCGCAGGCACUGGGAGCUGCCUGUCUGGCUGGGCAGGGCAGAGGCUUCUCCUGCCUGGUGACUGGGGAAUGGUACAGGGAGCUUUGGGGAGCGCAGCUGGG